AGCCCUGGUCUCCCUGGCCUCUCACUGGUCUUCCCAAGCGCCCUGGCCACGACUGUGUGCCUCCCUUGUCCCACAAGGGCAGGGACAGGCCAUAGGCCAAGGGCACAGGGUCAAGCCUGCUUUGGCUGCUGGUGUCUCAAACUUGCCUUCAGCUUAUGGGUCUUAACACUUGAAGUGGACACAGGGCAUCAGCAGGAUGGAUUUCGGUUCCUUGGAGACUGUGGUGGCCAACUCUGCCUUCAUUGCUGCCCGAGGGAGCUUUGACGGAAGCAGCACACCUUCUUCCAGGGACAAGAAGUAUCUGGCGAAGCUCCGGUUGCCUCCACUGUCCAAGUGUGAGGGUCUCCGUGACAACCUCAACCUAGAGUUUGAGAACCUGUGCUUAGAGCAACCCAUUGGCAAGAGGCUCUUCCAACAGUUCUUGAAGACAGACCAGAGGCAUGUGCCAGCUCUGGAGCUCUGGAAGGACAUUGAAGACUAUGACACUGCCGAUGGUGACCUGCGGCCACAGAAGGCACAGGCAAUCCUGGCCGAGUACCUAGACCCACAGGGCACACUCUUCUGCAACUUUCUGGACCAGGGCAUGGUGGCGAGGGUGAAGGAAGGGCCAACCGGGAGCCAGGAUGGCCUAUUCCAGCCUUUGCUCCAGGCUACAUUGGAGCACCUGAGCCAGGCGCCCUUCCAGGAGUACCUGGAAAGCUUGUAUUUCCUUCGGUUUCUUCAGUGGAAGUGGUUGGAAGCCCAGCCUAUAGGUGAAGACUGGUUCUUGGACUUCAGGGUCCUGGGGAAAGGGGGCUUCGGGGAAGUGUCUGCCUGCCAGAUGAAGGCAACUGGCAAGAUGUAUGCCUGUAAGAAGCUCAACAAGAAACGGCUGAAGAAGAGGAAGGGGUACCAGGGUGCCAUCGUUGAGAAGAGGAUUCUGACCAAAAUACACAGCAGGUUCAUUGUGUCUCUGGCCUAUGCAUUCGAGACCAAGACAGACCUCUGUCUGGUGAUGACCAUCAUGAAUGGAGGUGAUGUAAGGUACCACAUCUACAAUGUGGAUGAGGAGAACCCCGGCUUCCCAGAACCACGAGCGAUCUUCUACACAGCACAGAUCAUCAGUGGCCUGGAGCACCUGCAUCAGAGACGCAUUGUCUACCGUGACCUCAAGCCAGAGAAUGUGCUCCUGGACAAUGACGGCAAUAUCCGGAUUUCUGACCUCGGACUGGCUGUGGAGCUGAAUGAAGGGCAGGAUAAGACCAAGGGCUAUGCAGGGACCCCAGGUUUCAUGGCCCCUGAGCUCCUGCGUGGUGAAGAAUACGGCUUCUCUGUGGAUUACUUUGCCCUGGGGGUCACUUUGUAUGAGAUGAUUGCAGCCAGAGGACCCUUCCGAGCCCGAGGAGAGAAGGUAGAGAACAAGGAGCUUAAACAACGCAUCAUCUCAGAGCCCGUGAAGUACCCGGAGAAGUUCAGCCAGGCCAGCAAGGACUUCUGUGAGCAGCUGUUGGAGAAGGACCCAGAGAAGCGCCUGGGCUUCCGGGAUGGAACCUGCAACGCUCUGCGGGCAAACAUCCUCUUCAAAGAUAUCAGCUGGAGGCAGCUCGAAGCUGGGAUGCUCAUCCCUCCGUUCAUCCCAGACUCUAAGACUGUCUAUGCCAAGGACAUUCAGGACGUGGGUGCCUUUUCCACCGUCAAGGGUGUGGUUUUUGACAAAUCGGACACAGAGUUCUUCCAAGAGUUCGCCUCUGGCAACUGCUCCAUUCCCUGGCAGGAGGAAAUGAUCGAGACUGGGAUUUUUGGGGACCUAAACGUGUGGCGUGCAGAUGGUCAAAUGCCGGAUGACAUGAAGGGGGUCUGCUCGGAGGCAGCCUCGACAGCCAAGUCAGGGAUGUGUCUCCUCUCCUAGCCGAGUGUCUGAGGAAAGCAUGGAGCUGGCUGUAUAAAGAGAGGAAGGUGUACAGAGAUCAGGGGAAGAGAGCGACCCUGGUGUCAGCCUGUGCCCACUCCACCCAGGUCACCAUGCAACUGUGUCUCCACGUGGAGCAAGCAAGAUUUUCGGUCUAGACCCUACAGGCAUGACAGUCCAUUUCUUCUGUCCUAUUUCAUUCAAAAGAGACAAAAAAAGGCUACAGAUUGAAUAAUAAGAUGUAAAUGCUCAAAGAACCUCUGUGUAUAGAUGUGUGGCCCGGCCAGGAACUUGAUGAUCAGAGACUCACAUUCAACAUGGAUCUCCUGGUACUUGGAGUUAAUAUUUCAGGGCAGACCUGGUCAGCUCAGGGUUGCAGGCAUUUGUGUACCUCAAAGAAGGCUGUACUUAGGGUACCCACACUUCCUUCCUGGUUCCUGCCUCCUAAGCUGCCUUUACUGGUCACCGCCUGCUCUCAUGGCCCCCAACUUGGGGAUAUUGAGUCUUUAGGGAGUAGAAAGGAUGGUAGGGCCUGGUCUUAGCUGAGAGUCACUGCCUCCUCUCAAGGAGCGGAGAGAGCUACCUCAGGCAGCUACGGUCUCUGCCAUCAGUCGACACUACAUGUUGUGUAUAUCCAAAUUGUCACCGUCACAUCACAUGUGAUGGAGGCCUGAGUCCUUACAUGCUAAUGCUAUGUGUGGUAGAUGCCUGAGCAGAGCUAUGUCGUAUGUGGUUAUUGCCCGAGUCCUUACACAGCCAUCACACCUGUGAUGGGUGUCUGUGUGCUCAGGCCAUCUUUGUACUCCCAGUCACCCCCCUUUUGGGAGGGAAGGUGACCUACAUAUACCCCAAAUUUUAAAAGAUUGCUGGAUGAAGCCAACACUGGAACCACAACGCUAGGCCAGUGUCCCCAAAGUGUAUGGGGUACAAGCAACUGUCAAGAAUAUGUUAUCAAUCAACCCCAGGCCAGCUGCAUUGUGGAAGAUUCCAGAUGUUGCUAUAGAGGUGCCUUGCACGCAUGGACAUCCUGGGGACUAAUGCUGAAUGCUAAAGAAGUCCACACCAGACUUCCGCUCUUCUCAGAGAAUCUAACACUGUGCAGUUUGGGUUGCUCUGGAAGGGCCUUGGGGAGGUGACCAUACCUCCUGGCCCAUGGUCUGGGAUCCUUUGGGACCCGGUAGCCCUGUGACUGCUGUAGAUAAGACAAAUUUCCAUCAUUCCUCUCUCCUUCACUCCGUCCUCUAGUCCGGGGCAUCAUGCAUGUAUCAAAUACUUGGACGUAUAAUUCAUUUCACUGUGUUCUGGAGCUCAAUUUAACGUGCUCUGGCUUGAAGACCCUGGCAGGUUGGUGGUCUCCUCCCGGGCUUCACAGGGGUGGGUGAGUGUGGAAAGGUGAAUCUUGGCAGCCAUAGCCGGUUUCAGGGAGGCCUGGUCUGUGUAACACAUUAGCCAUCAUCCCUCUUUGGCUUGUCUAGAACUCUUGGAGUUGAUGGUGGAGCCUGUGUGGCCUGUGUGGCUACAUAGGCUUGGAGCCAGCCCUCCCCCCGCCCCCCACAGCCCCUGCCCACCCGCACUGUCGAUAAGAGAGCAAGACAGUCCAUUUUAAAUUUCAGACAAAUGGUGAAUACUUUGCCAGUGUAAUGUCUCAGCAGUAUUUGGGGCAGACUUAUACUAAAACCAUUCAUUGCUUGUUGGAAAUUCAGAUUUCACCAGCUGGUCUAUAGGUCUUUUUAAAAUCUAAAUCUAGCCGGCCCAUGGCAGACUCACCAGCGAGCAGGGGUGAAAUUGUUGGGAGCAAUGCUGCUUUGAUUCUGUGUCUCUCAGGGUGUAACCAGGAGAGGUCUUUUCUCACUCUGGCCCACUCGGGGACAUAAGCUCAAGUGUCACUCAGAGAGACUCACUCUGGGACCUCCAGCUGCCCUGUGCGUGGCUGUACGUGCAGGACACUGCUAGCUUCACCAGAGCUGAUGCUAAGUGGAGAAGGGUUAGUUGCUUGCUCUGUGUUCUCUGGGUGGAAGUUUUAGCCAACUCCUCGUCCUAGAGGUUUCGUGGACUAUUUUCGGGGCUCCACUGUAGGUGUUCUCUCAGGGACAGUAACCCUUUGGCCUGAAGAGAUGAGAUGUCCCCAUCCCCGUUGUCCCUCCUCAUACCUAGAGCUUAUGAACUCCUAGGUCCUAGAGCUCAAGUCUUGCUGGACACUGACCCCGCAGAGCUUCAAUGUACCCACUUUUAUUCUGGCAGUUGUUGGCCAUCUUGGUUCUAAUCUCCCAGGAAGACAGAGAGCAGAGCAUUGUCACCUGUUAUAGGAUGCCAUGGAUGCUGCUAUACAGGUCUGUGCUAGGACCUCUGCAAAAAAAGGACCUCCUGAACAUGAGGAGCCAUCCCUAGGACUGGAAGCCAACCUUGGAAGCCCUGUGAGAUGUAGGUUGUCUUGUAUCCUGGUCACCAGCGAGCUGUAAAUGGCUUCACGCGUGGUCAGAGAUAUACAACUGUGGAGAGCUUCAUUUCUGCAAUGACUGGAAUAAUUCUUCAUCCUCAGGAGGGACCUGGCAGAGGAGCCACCUCAGACUAGACAGAGAUGACUCUGCAAGUUGAAGGUCAUCUGCUGAAAGGCAGGAACAUGCUAUGAACAGUAGGGCGUGUCAGCUUCUGCGGCAUAUUGGGCAAACUGGAUUUAGAUUUUAUUCCUAUAAUCAAAGGUGAUGAAAUCCUCCAGCUGGCCCUGAAGCUCACCAGAUCCAAAGCCAUGUCACAAGUGGUUUAGGAGACUAAGCACCCAAGUCCCUGGCUGUGGUUUAAGGAAGGUUUAGUGCAUGCCUGAAAGUCUGUGUUUUGGAAGUUGUACCUCCAGUGAGGUAAUGUGGGUAGCAGUGGGACCUUUGAGAGUCGGAGCCUAGAAGCAGAGCCUUGGUCUUCAGGGAAAUGCUUUGGAAAGGCUUAGCUAUUUCUGUGGGGUUGUGCCUGGUCUGAAAGAGAGUAGGUUCCUCUACAGGCCUGAGUCUGAUCUCCGAGCUCCUUGCCUCCCUGGCUGUCACCUUCUCUUACACAGCUGUGUGAGCUCUCAGCUGAAUCUGUGGUGCUGAGGCCCUCACUAGAGGUCAAACAAAUGGGGCUACUCAUCUUGGCUACCCAGCCUCCAAACUGUGGGGUAAACAAACCUCUUCACAAAUUACCCUGCUGUGGUAUUUUGUUAUAGCAAUGGAACGUGACCGUCAACUUUAGAAUUUUAAGUCGAUUCAAAGUAGACUUCGUUUCCAGACAAGAUGGUGUAUACACAUAUUGUGGUGGUUGACUAGGAAUGGUCUCCAUAGGUUCAUAUAUUUGAAUGGUCAGUGAAUAGGACGUGGUUUUACUUGGUGAGGAUCAGGAGGUUAGGUAAGUGUGGCCUUGUUGGUGGAAGUGGGCUUUGAGGUUUCAGAUACUCAAGACAGGCCCAAUGGCUCUCUUUUCCUGUUCCCUGUGGAUCCUGAUGUAGAACUGUGAACUCCUUCUCCAGACCCAUGUCUGCCUGCACGCUGCCAUGCUUCCUGCCAUAAUAAUAACGGA